AUUACAGUGAAUAUCAACUGAAAUAAUGUGAGACUACGGACCACUCUGAUUUGAUAAACUCGCCUGGAAUGGGAAUAAAUCAAGAUCUUCAAGUAGUUUUCAACCCACAACUGGAAGAAUAUACAUGUCCGCCAAAUGUUGCAAUGUUAUUUGGUACUAAAGUGUUCAUUCAUGAUCCACGAACACAUCCAACUGACUUGAUUUCUGAUAUCUCAUCCAGUAUGACUAUGGCAGCCUAUCAGGAAACCACUAUCAUUCGUCUCCAUCCUCGAAUUGAGAGAUACACCACACAAGUUCAUAAUUUCAUAAAUAUCUGCAAUAGCACAUCUAUAGGAACAAGUGUUCCGUAUUGCCGUGAAGAAUGUUACUUCCGAUGCAGAGCAGCAAAAAAAGCACACAAAUGUAACUGCCUGUUAUAUCAUCAUGCUGGGAUAACAGAAUCAAAUUUUUCAAAGACAUGUUCUCUCAAGGGCUGGGAGUGUCAUUUCAGAAACAUCAAGAGUGUUGUUGACAAUGAAAUUGAAGCUUUUCAGGAGGAGAUAAGUUCUUGUGAGUGUCCCCCAGCAUGUGAAAGUAUCCAGUACAGAUAUGAAACAUCUUCUUACUCUGACGAAGAAUCAUCCAGCUCUGAAGAAAAAGAAUCUCAUAUUCUUGUAUUUUUCAAGGGAGAAAAAGUAACCUUGAUCAAGAGAUCGCCAGAUUACCCAUUUUCAAGACUAAUGUAUAUUGUACUGGGACAUAUCUCGAUGUUUCUGGGUGCAAGUCUGAUGAGUAUUGUGGAAGUGAUUUACUUCUUCACAUUGAGGCUUUACAACGAUCUAUGGAUGAAUGAGCAGCCCAAGCCAGCCAAAAAGAAGACUGGACUCGAUCUAGAGGAGAUAUGUGAGGGCACAAAGGAAGGCACCAUCUACUGGGAUGAAAUAUUAGCUAACAUUGAUUGAAUUGCAUCACACACUUAUCAAAAGAUCCUUUAAUUGUUUUUCGCCCACUUGGAUGUAAUGAGCUGGUUUUCGUGCGUCAUAUGGAGGCCGAAAGUGAUUGUUUUCUGACCAGGCCAUCUUACGUCACAUGGACGGGAAGGGACCUUUCAC